AAAUCCCGCCAAUACCGGCCGGUAGGAUACCACAGCCUUACGGUGAUAGGGAUAACCAAGCGGCCCUGAUCGAUGUUGCUAGACGUGGGUGGGAAUCGUGUCUCAAAGCAGGUACAGGUAACCUACCUAUACCGGUACCCUAAUGUGACGAUCGCACUGGCAGUUGACGACGAAUAUUAGAAACCGAAUGACGGAAACGCACUCCACGGAGACGGAAGGCUACGAUUAUGGCCGGUGGGUACCUGUGCUCGUACAGUGGUUGUGGACACACAAGAGCCUCGCCCCCUCACCCUCUCCUCCCCCUUGACAGCUGAAAUGUAAGUGCUCUCCCACAUUACAAUUACUUUUUUUCUUUCUUUUUUUUCUGUGAUGGUAUCAUGCUAGAGCAGUAAAUUACCGUACCGUAUAAUAUUCUUCUCACGCGCAAUCACUCGAUUAACGCGGCUGACCCUCAUUACUGUACCGGUGUUAUCCCAUGCGAUGGCUAAAACACGCCCACGGUACGGUACAGUAGUACCGUGCAGUAUCGGUAGGUCUUACAUAUGAUACUCCCUCACCUGAGCGAGCGAGUGUGCGUGCGUGCACCUGCGGGCGAGCGGGGUAAAGGGUAAGGUUAGGGGCGCCGGUACCGUAAUAUUAUAUCAUCAUAACACGCAGGAACAUGUCUCACAGGGAAUCACUCGCCAUCGACACAAUUUCCCCUGUCUUGUUUCGGGAUGGGCGGCACAUUUCCUUGUGAACCGUUGGCUGUUUUACCUUCUUCGCUCACAUUGUUGGUUGAGGUUGGGGUUGGGUUGGGUCUGGUCUGGUCUGGUUGGCGGAGGGAGGUUGUGUCCGGUGUGAGUGACGGGAUCGCAUUACUCGAGUACAAGCACUUUGCAAGUGAAAUGCCGUCCGUAUCAUAUCGUAAUAACAAGGGGGGUAGGGCGCUUAUGAUGGUAUGGAAUGGUAUGAUGGAUGGGUGGAUGGGUGGAUGGAUGAUGAAGCUGGGGGUUGUGUGGGCGUUCUUUUGUUUUUCCCACUUUUUCAGCUCUUUCUUCCUUUCAGGUUCGAUCUGUGGUUCGCCCCUCCUUUAGCGCGUAAGUUGGUAACCUGCCUCGGGGUUACUAGUACCGGUAUCGUAAGGUACUUGUAACGGUACCGGUACUGUACUGCACCGUGCCGUGAUAAGGUCUCAACGUUUUUUUUGUUUUUUUGUUUUUUCUUUUCUGCUUCUUCUCCAUCUCGAGUGCCUGUACUGGUAUCACAAAUAAUUGUAACGGAAAAGGGAUUUAUUUUUCUCCUUUCAAUUCCUGAAAAUCUGGAAGGAAAGUAAGGAGUUAUGAUACUCCACAGUAUGUUUUGUUGAAGGUUACCGUAUCUUGGCGUGCGGUGAACCCCUCCUUCAACUGGCUCACGUCUCUUGCCCCUCGCCUGAAGAAGAGCUACACCAGCCCCGCCAUCCACCCAUCGAACCUACCCUACCAUAAA